GUGUUCUUACUUCAUCAUCUACAUGAGAUAGAUAUAUAUAGAGAGAGAUACCGGGAUGAAGAUAUGCAUGGACGAGCUCUACUACUAAAUCGGAUUUUAAAUUAUUUGAAAUCAAGUCAAAUUGUCUUCUUCGACCUUUCUUUGACUCCACAACAAUGGGUAGUUUCAAGCUUAUCAGUGCUCUGCCGACGAUAUUAUUAUUUUUGCUUUUUCUCUCCUCCUCCUUCUUAGUUUCAGCUCAAAAGGGUUCGAUCAGUGGUGGUGAACAGCCUCUUUCGAAAAUCGCCAUUCAUAAAGCUACAGUUUCGCUUCACAAUUCGGCUUCUGUGAAGGCUUUCCCACUUGUUCUUGGCUUGAAUGGAAGGGAUACUGAAUGGGUUAAGGUAGUUAUUAAAUAUGCAAAUCCAUCUAAGGAUGAUUGGGUUGCGGUUUUUUCACCUGCAAAUUUCAACUCAUCAAAUUGUUACUCGGCUGAUGAUUUUAAAGAUCAGAAGCCCUAUAUAUGUACAUCCCCCAUAAAGUAUACGUAUGCGAAUUUCUCCAAUCCUGGCUACACAAAGACAGGGAAAAAUACUCUGAAAUUCCUGUUGAUUAAUCAACGAGCCGAUUUCUCCUUUGCAUUGUUUACUGGAGGCCUAUCAAAUCCUAAAUUGAUAUCGGUCUCGAAUUCAAUUACAUUUCAUAAGCCUAAGGCACCACUGUAUCCACGCCUUGCUCUAGGAAAAUCUUGGAAUGAAAUGACAGUAACUUGGACAAGCGGAUAUAAUUUGGAUGAAGCUGUUCCUUUUGUUGAAUGGGGUCUAACCAGAGGCCCAAGGAAGCGAUCACCUGCAGGAACAUUGACAUUUCAUAGGAAUAGCAUGUGUGGAGCACCUGCUCGGACAGUUGGAUGGCGUGAUCCUGGUUUCAUUCACACAAGUUUUUUGAAUGAUUUAUGGCCAAAUACUUUGUACACUUACAAGAUGGGUCACCUUUUGUCCGAUGGUUCAUAUGUUUGGAGCAAACCUUAUUCCUUCAAAGCAUCUCCAUAUCCAGGCCAGGAGUCAUUACAACAGAUCAUAAUAUUUGGUGAUAUGGGAAAGGCUGAGCGGGAUGGAUCAAACGAGUAUAGCAAUUACCAGCCUGGCUCUCUCAAUACAACUGACCAACUAAUAAAGGACUUGAAGAACAUAGAUAUAGUUUUCCAUAUUGGAGAUAUAACAUAUGCUAAUGGUUAUUUAUCUCAAUGGGAUCAAUUUACUUCACUGGUUGAACCCAUUGCCUCAGCUGUACCAUACAUGGUUUCAAGUGGUAAUCACGAACGUGAUUGGCCGGGGUCGGGUUCUUUUUAUGACACCCCAGACUCAGGUGGGGAAUGUGGUGUACUAGCUGAGACGAUGUUCUAUGUUCCAGCUGAGAACAGAGCUAAGUUUUGGUAUGCGGCGGAUUAUGGCAUGUUCCAUUUCUGCGUUGCUGAUACUGAACAUGACUGGAGAGAGGGUUCUGAACAAUACCAGUUUAUUGAGAAAUGUCUUGCAUCAGUAGACAGGAAGAAACAGCCAUGGCUGAUCUUUACCGCUCAUCGAGUCCUUGGAUAUUCGUCGGGCGAAUAUUAUGCGCUCGAAGGCUCAUUCGCAGAGCCCAUGGGUCGUGACAGUAUGCAGAAACUCUGGCAGAAGUAUAAGGUGGACAUUGCAUUUUAUGGCCAUGUACACAACUAUGAGAGAACUUGUCCAAUUUACCAGAACCAUUGUGUUAACUCAGAAACCUCGCACUAUUCUGGUACUGUAAACGGAACCAUACAUGUGGUUGUGGGUGGUGGAGGAAGCCAUUUGUCGGGAUUCAGUGAAGUGAAGACGAGUUGGAGCCUGUACAAAGAUUACGAUUACGGGUUUGUGAAACUAACUGCAUUUAAUCAAUCCUCGCUUCUUUUCGAGUACAAGAAGAGUAGUGACGGUAAAGUGUAUGAUUCAUUCACCAUCUCGAGGGACUAUAGAGAUGUGCUAGCAUGUGUGCAUGAUAGUUGUGAACCUACCACAUUUGCAACUUGAAUUGAGAAUUCAUCAUUGUUGGGAAAAUCCCAUAUAUGAUUCUUGUGUGAUUUUAAUUAAGACUGGCUAGCUUCUUAGCAUUUAAAAUGUGCUAUAUAUAUAUAUAUAAAUAAAUUAUAAGGUUCUUAAAAUUUGUCUAUUGAUACUCAUUGAGUCAUUUAU